AUGCCUACGUCCAUGCCCGCCCCCGCCAUCCGCAUCCCCAUAGAGCUGCUCACGCCAACUGCCUUUGCCCAGUUCGGCACCGUCAUUGAGAAUCCCACCACGUCGCCCUCAGCGAAGCUCCCCGUCCCAGACCGCGUGCAGGCGCCCGAGGCCGUCUCCGCCAAUCAGGGCUCCGCGACCAAGUACCUCGAUGUCACCCACAUGUCCAACCUGUACAGCCUUGCGCCGAGCAAGAAGCCGGCCAGAGCGGUCAUGAACAUGUUUGUCUGCGCGCCCCGGGACCUGCGACCCCACGAGCCGAGCAUCAGCAUGCCCAGCUCCUGGGGCGACCUCGACCUGGACGAGGACGACGACGAGGAUGAAAACGGCCGCUUUGAAAAGCAGCUGCUGGACAUUACUAUCCUAGAGCGCCACCCUUUUACCACACAGACAUUCAUACCCAUGGGCUUGUCACAACAAGACAAGCACACGCAGUAUCUGGUCAUAGUCGCGCCCACCCUUCCUGCCAGCGCCUCAAGUCGUCGUACAGGAAGACCGCCUCCAUACCCCACACCACACAUUGAGCGCAAGAAGAGCGUCAUGGACAUAUUCGCGCGAGCGCGGCCCAGUCCCUUUACCAACGAAAAGACGCCUGGUCCGAGCCAGUUCUCUCGACUGCAUCCGUCAGCACGACCCAAAGGGCCCGGCCUGCCAGAUCUCAAGAACCUUCGCGCCUUUGUUGCGACCGGAGCUCAAGCUGUGACAUACGGAGCCGGCACAUGGCACGCUCCUAUGAUAGUCAUUGGAGAUCGGCCCAUUGACUUUGUGGUCGUACAGUUUGCCAACGAUGUCGGCAAUGAAGACUGUCAGGAGAUAGCCCUGAAGCAAGACAACACUGCCUCGGAAGGAGUUGUCGUCAUGGUCGACACCAAUUCAUCCGGCACCGUCCAGGUCAAGGCUGGUGUCGGUUCCGUAAAGGCGAAAUUGUGAUUUCAGGUAGUAGACGUACUGUGAGGAACCAGUGAUGAAGUACUACAUUGCAGCUUGGCUUUUGAUAGCCAAUAACUUGUUUUAAAUCGACAGAAGCAGGCGAUCUACAGUAACACCAAACUCCAGCUUAUCAGAGGCCGAAAGACUACCAGAAAGUCGCCCACGAAUUUGACGAUUCAUGCAACCACCACGAGUAAGGCAGCACGUUCAGCUUUCC